UUAGCGUCGAUUCUGAUAUUAUCUGGCAUUCGUGUUCGCCAAAAUAUUGUAUUAUGCGAUGUGUAUGUGGUGUAAGCUUUUGACACAGUGUGUGAAUUAGUUUUUAGCCAACAAAGAUCCCCAGUGUACAUUUGAAGUCCGAAUAUUCAUCAAAACCAUACAGUUAAAAAUUAUUAAUAUUUUUAAGACUUCACACUAUAAAUCAGAUUAUUAUAGACUAAAGAUAAUGCAUUUUUCACAAGUAUUGUUUAUAUAUUUAUACGUUUUGGCUAUAAGUUUUAAAGAUGUUCACUGUUUCGUUGACCCGGUAUCUUUGACCAUUGGAGCCGGUGUUGGUCUCGGCGCACUAACUGGAUUUGGGUUUUUAAAAGAUCAAACCUAUUGCCGAUUAACCGAGUGUUGCAAUGAGCGGAGUGUACCGGGGCAUAUUUACGAACUCAGAGAGAUGAUACGUAAGCGAUUGUAUGGUCAACACAUUGUUAAGCAGCAAUUGAUAUCAGCGUUAGAGGCGCAUUUCAAUCCUCAAAUGUCGUCACGAAAACCAUUGGUUAUGAGUUUUCACGGCACACCGGGAACUGGUAAAAAUUUUGUAGCUGAUAUGAUUGCAGAGGCCUUAUAUGAGAAGGGAUCAAAAAGUCGUUUUGUACAUAAAUAUAUGGGAAGAUUAGAGUUUUCGGUGGAAAAAAAUAUUAAAAGCUAUAAUGAACGUAUUUAUAACGAUGUGGUAAUGGGCAUUACAGAUUGUCCCCGUUCAUUAUUUAUUUUUGAUGAAGUGGACAAAAUGCCUGCCGGUGUUUUUGAAUCGCUGGCAUCCUUGGUGGACUAUAAUUCACUUCCUAACAAAUUGGAUGGCUCUAAAGCUAUAUUCAUUUUUCUUUCAAAUUUAGCUGGUGUACAAAUAUCUGAUCAAUUGGCAAAAAUGUUAAAGAAUGGUGAACUACGCGAAAAUAUUAAGUUAAGUUCAUUCGAACAAAUACUACAAAAAGCGUCUUACAACUUAGAUGGUGGCUUUAAAAAAGCUGGUUUAAUAGAGCAACAUGUAAUCGAUCAUUACAUUCCAUUUUUGCCACUUGAAAAGCAUCAUGUUCAGCAGUGCAUAUCAGCAGAAUUUCUUAAAUGGGGACGAACCCCCCAAAAGCAGGAGAUAGAGAAUAUGCUUAAAGAAGUGAUUACGUAUGAUCGCGGACAUGGACUUUUUUCCACAUCAGGUUGUAAAACCAUAGAAAAGAAAGUAGCUACAGAAGUUUGGAUUAAAAAACAUCAUAAUGAAAUUUGAUUUAAUUAUUUAUUUUUUAAUAAAGUAAUGGCAUAACAUGCUAA